AAAAUUAAUCUGGGUACAGUGUUGCAUGACCGCGCAAUUGUCAUUGAAAGUGUGAUAGCGCUGAGAGCUGAAAAUUGGCCUGGGGGCAGGAAGGGGGGGAAAGUGUCCCGACUGGAAGGGGGGGAAAGUGUCCGGACUGGAAGGGGGGGGGAAAGUGUCCGGAAUGGAAGGGGGGGGAAAGUGUCCGACUGGAAGGGGGUGAAAGUGUCCGGACUGGAAGGGGGGGAAAGUGUCCGGACUGGAAGGGGGAGGAAAGUGUCCGGACUGGAAGGGGGUGAAAGUGUCCGGACUGGAAGGGGGGAAAGUGUCCGGACUGGAAGG